AGAAGAAGAAGGAGAAGGAGAAGAAGAAGAAGAAGGAGAAGAAGAAGAAGAAGAAGAAGAAGAAGAAGAAGAAGAAGAAGAAGAAGAAGAAGAAGAAGAAGAAGAAAAAACACAGUAAGACUUCUUCAGAGCAACGCAGGGAAUUGCAUUGCAAAAGGGGAUCUCAGAGGGACAGAGAUCCCACGAUCUGUGGCUUUGGGGUUUGGUUGGAGUUGGGGCUGUGAUCCGCUCCGGAGGGUUUCCUGCAAAAUCCACUCUGACACAUCCCAAAGCAUCGCCGAUCCUCUGACUCGGAGCCACUCAUCACCACUCUCCGCAGAUAUGGACAUGUUACGGCGCUCCUCGGUCUUUGCUGCUGAGGUGAUGGAGGUGUUUGAACGUUCUCCCCCUGACAAGGAGCUUGUUUCUCAGGCUAAAGCCCUCUGUCGGGAUUACAUCCACUCCCGGCUGAUCCGAGCAGGCAUAGUCUGGAGCAAACCUGAGUGUGCAGCAGCCAGCCCAGCCAGCAAACUCACUGAGGUGUCAGCUGCACUCCUCCGCCUGGGUGAUGAAUUAGAGUACAUCAGGCCGAACAUGUACAGGAAUGUCGCCAAACAGUUGAAUAUCACCGUCAGUUCCGAAAGCAUCGUAUCGGAUGCAUUUCUCGCUGUGGCCACUGAGAUCUUCUCUGCAGGUAUAACUUGGGGGAAGGUGGUAGCCUUGUAUGCUGUUGCCGGUGGACUUGCCAUUGACUGUGUGAAACAAGGGCAACCUGCCAUGGUGCACACAAUAGUUGACUGCCUGGGAGAAUUUGUGCGGAAGACACUGGUGACUUGGCUCCGGAGACGGGGAGGAUGGGCUGACAUUACAAAAUCCGUGGUGAACAACGAUCCUAGCAUUCGUGAUCACUGGCUCGUCUCUGCCGUCUGCACGUUUGGACACUUUGUGAAAGCGGUCUUCUUCUUUCUGCUGCGAGAACGGUGAAUUCAGCUGGAAGCCGUGGCUACCAAUCACUGUCCUUUUCUGACUAAAACAGAGGACCCUCAGCACGGUUCAAAUAUACAGUUCUGAGUCGAAGCACAUUUUAAACUCCACAGAUUGCAAUGAACGGUAUCAGUGCUAUCAGCUGGAAAAGCAAAACGAACCUGAAAAUCCAGUGGACAAUGGCAAGCCAUUGAAAUUGUUCCUGCCUUUUUACUCCAGUAGGUCAAGAAUUCUCAUUAGAGAUGCAAGAGUAUGAUUGUUGGGACAAUACAACAAUUAUUUUAAGGAGCCUUGUUAACAGUUUCCAGCUUUCAAGCAACAAAAUUCUAGGGUGUGCAGAGCAGCCGGUUUGAAAAAUCGUGGACGAUUGCGCAAAGGGAUUUCUGUAAUAAAAAAUGUUUUUAAAAAAAACUUCUAAUUUCUGUCUCCAGAUUUAAUUGUUUGAACUACCUGCAAGCAAGAGAGUUAUCACCCAGGGAAUCGCUGGCUGGCAAGAAAUCCAGGAAAACACAAAGUAUAAAAAAUAAUAGCCAACAGAACAACAAUCUGGAGGCUAAAAUAAAUUUGGUGAAACCUGCUGUUUUUCAGGAAGGUGACAUCAUUCUGCUG